GUCUGGAAAGGCCAAAGAGUCCUGAUGAGAUCCAGGCUUCUCUGGUGAUCCGCGUCCAGACAGGCCGGUCCCGCUCGCCGAGAAACACACAAUGCUCCACCACACGCUGAGUGAGUGAACGCAGAGGAAGAAGUAAUGAAGAGAGUAAUGGCUGUGCUACGGACUUCAGAUGUGAUGUGCUUGUGUGUUUUUCUGCUCUGCGCUGGACUUCACUUCGCAACAGGCUGCAUAGAAGAUUUGGCUUCUCGAAUCAUCGAAUGUUCUCCAGGAGAGUCUGUGCUUCUGCGCUGCAAGGAUAAAAACUCACAGAAUAAAGACAUCCAGUGGUGGCGCUCAGAUAUACUAGAUUCACAAAAAAACUUAGUGGACGUCAUUAAGGACCAGCGAUAUAAAGACAGAGUUCAGAAUCCCGGGAAUCUCUCACUGUCCAUCACUCGACUGACUGUAGACGACACAGGAUCAUAUUGGUGUAAUUCCGCUGAUCCAGUUCAUCUAUUCAUUGAAGGUUGUUCUAUAUCAGGGAAUGAAGCAUCAGAGUCGAUCAGCAGAUAUUCAGGGGAAUCAGUGUUUCUGUCCUGUUUGGUCAAAUGCAGCACUCGUCAUGAUCCAGACAACGUCAGAUGGAAAUUACCAAACAACAGAGAAAUAAACCAGACGACUAAAUCUACUGAACUGAACGGACUCUAUCAGGGCAGAUUUCACAUGUUUGAUAAAAAAUCAGGAAAUUUCUCUCUGCUGAUUCCUAACCUGACGGAGAAAGAUGAAGGACUGUAUUCAUGCAGGAUUAAUGAGAAUCAACACAAGAGCUUCAAUCUCACUGUUAAAGGAUGCACAUUAUCAGAGACUGAGAGCGACCCUAAAAUGAAGUACCCAGGUGAUUCUGUACUUCUGUCCUGCUCAUGCAAAGACCCAAAAACCAAACCUGGGGGCUUCAAAUGGACUCAUUUAGACUCCAAUGGGGCCGAGGUGUCCAAUGAAACUUUACGUUACAAAGCCAGAGUCCACAUGUUUAAUAAGACAACACCAUCAAAUCUGUCUCUGCUGAUAUCCAAUCUGACUGAAGACGACCAGGGGAUUUACAGAUGCACAGUUAAUAACAAAACAUCCACUCAUACCAGCCUCACAGUUAAAGGCUGUGUUUUAUCCAAACAUCCAAACACUACCAUCUCAUAUCCAGGAGAAUCCGUGAUGCUUCCAUGUUCCUGUGAAGAUCCAAAAACCAAACCAAAACACGUUGAAUGGAAGCGUGCAGCUUCAAAAAAGUCUCUGGUUUCAGAUGCUGAAGAUGUCAGCGGACGCUUCCAGAUCCUUAGAGAUUCUCCUCAUAAUCUCUCUUUAUGGAUCUCAAACCUGACUGAGGCCGACGGGGGAUUAUAUGUGUGUACAGUCAAUGGAAAACAAUCCAGAAGCAUAAAUCUCACUGUUAAAGAUCCUCUCAAAUCCUCUGAGAUCAGUCCUCUCAAAUACCCCCUGAUGUUUCUGAUCUGUCUGAUGCUGCUGGUCCUGACUGGAUUCAUCUGCUGGAGAUAUGCACAGGCAAAAAAGGGAAGGAGAGGAAGCCGAGUGACCCCGAGACCAGAUCAUCAGGAUGAUGUGACGUACUCCACUGUGAUGCAGAUUAACAGUGGAAAACCUGCAGAAAACCAACAACAGGAUGAUGUGACUUACUCAAGCGUCAAACACAUUAAACGGGGAAAAAGGACUCGUAGAAAGGAGGAGGAGGUUGUUUACUCUACUAUGGCAGACGUGAGCAAUGGCAGAUCUGCUCAGGAUGAUGUCACAUACACAUCUGUAGUGUGCAGCAAAUCUCACAAACCAAGAUCCCUACAGAUGAACACUGAGGCCACCGUCUACGCAAGUGUGCAAAAAGAUAAAACAUGACACACUUACCAAAAACAAACAGAAAAAAUGGCUUUUAUGCAAGAUUAUUAUUUUUUGUCAUUUGAAAUAAAAUACAUUUUCAAUGAAAUACAGUAAAAAAAAAAAAAUUAAACAAUUUUAAGGCAAUAUUUUUUAUUUUCAUUAAGUUGAUGUCGAUGCUACUAAAAUAAAGUAUGUUUAAAACUGUCA